ACAUUCACACACAACGCACAUCAAGAAAUUUGGAUUUUAUUCAAACAAAUUUUGUAAGGUUCACUUUAAAAAGGAUCAUAAACUAUGUCUCUGGUUGCAUACGCGGCAAGCAGUGAUGAGGAAUCAGAUAAUGAUGAGGACUCUACGUCUAUGCAAGUACAACUAAUAAAGCCAAGCGUUGCGACACAGAAUGGAGCUCCAGAAGUAAAGGCAACUGUGAGCAAUGGACAUAUUAGUGAUGACGACGACGAUGACUAUAUACCUCAAGAAGUGUCCUUACAGGAGUUGAAAGCGAACACUACGGGUCGGCUACAUCUUAGCCUGCCUAAGCCAAAAGCAGCUGCUGGCCCAAAUCCGCAACAGGAAAAGGUGGAUGAUCAAGUGACGCAGGCCUUUGCCAAGCUGCCAAUGCCAAGGGCUGCAGCAAAGGUUACCGCCAUUAUAGAAGAAGUGGACGAUGAGUUCUUGCACAAAAAGGCUGUUCCUGCAGGUAGCGAAGCAUUGGAAAAACCACCGCCAGCUGUUGCCAGGGAACGCGUUAAGAUUAGUAUACCAUCUCUCAGAGACUAUGCCGAUGUGGACAAGGAAAUGGCAGAGAAGCUGAAGAACAAACAACCACAACUCAAGUCUACAAAAGGUUGCGGCUUGCUGAGCAUUUUACCACAAGCUAAAUCUGAGCGGGAUUUCGCCAGAAAAACAGAGUCCGUGGCAGCGAAGCCAGCAAGUAAAGACGAGCCUGCUCCACAGCCGAGCAAGAAUAUUCCAAGAGUCAGUGCCUCAUCAGCUUUCGUACCAGAUACUGUUAAACAAAGACGCGCUGCUCACAAUACCGAAGGCGUCGAUGGACUUAAAGCCCCGUCUGCAAAGCCAUCCAAGUCUUCCAAGCCAGCUGUCUCGCUGGUGAGCGUCAGUGACAGCGAGGAUGAGGAGGAGGUAGCCAAUUCUGGUGACUUUUUCUCACUGAACAGCGAAGAGCAACUGCCAGAGGUGAGCAGCAACGAGAUUAGCGCCUUGGUGGCCAAGCGAGCAGCCAAAAUGAAAGAAGCUAGCGUUAAGUAUUUGACGGAGGUGGAAGAACGCAAGGCAAUUGAGGAGGAGGCGAUGCAGGUGGAAUCAGAGCAGUUGCAACAUGCUAAGAAACGCUACCAUCAGCAAUUGAAUGCUGAGGCCAUGGACGCACUGGUGGGCAAGAAUGCUAAGAGGCGACGUAAGGAGGUGAAGGAAAUGCAAGUGAUUGACAUAGUCGGCGAUCAAGUGAUGCCGGAUCGUGAGGAAUGGAUGCGUACAGCUCUGGCCUCGGCCACCACAUACCAGCCAACGGGUGUGCUGACAGACGAGGAGCCAGUGGCGGGCACAAGACGUAAACAUCAAAUCACAUACCUGGCACACAAGGCGAAGGCGAACGAAGCUGAACUGCAGGCCAUGUGGUCGGCCAAUAGGCAGACACGUCGAGCCACACAAAGCAAAUACGGAUUUUAAUGAACUCGCUUUGCAUUUCUGGAUUUCAUUUCUUUUUAAUAUGAAUUACAAUUAGACUUAAUAU